GAGCUUUUUAAACAUUUGAAAAACGGAAGACUUACCAAGCGGUUUGUAACUGAAAAAACAGAAACUAAAACAAAAAUAAGUAAAAUAAAUUAUUUCAAAGAAGAAUUUAUUAAAUAAUUAAUUUCGCAAUAAUAAAAAGCAAAACCAGUGCAAAUGUUUUAUAGGCAAACUUUUUAAAGUGCAAUAUAAUUAAAAAAACGAACAAAUUUUCUUAUAAAUAUUUUCUCAAUUGUGAAAAUUGUUAUUGGAAAAGUAAAAUAAAAAUAAAAAAAAAAAUUGUGAACAAACGAAAAACAAAGAAAGAAAUUUAAAUAAAUCUUUUUAAAAACCAUAAGAAACUCCAAUCAAAAUGCGUCCCUUCGGAAACGACAUCACUAAUAUUGCCAACAAUGGCAAUAACGGUAAUAACGGAAACAAUAAUAACAAUAACAACAACAAUAAUAACGGAAAUAAUGCUGUUGAUAUCCCCAUGGUGGAAGAUCCUCGGGUCCCACCCCACAUUGCUAGAAUUGGUGGUAUUGUCACAUUUUCACCUGUAGCUGGCCAAGGAGUUAUUCGUGUUGUGGGACGCUGCGAAGAUGCCAAAGAGAAUAAUAUGUUGGAUUUAUCCGAGUGUGAAUUGAUGCAAAUACCUGAUGCUGUCUAUCAUUUAAUGCGCAACACAGAAUUAAAGACAUGUGAUCUCAGUGGCAAUGUGAUUAAGAAGAUUUCACCAAAAUUCGCUUUGAAGUUCACACUUAUAACAGAAUUAAAUUUAUCACACAACCAUUUGAGCAAAUUACCAGAUGAAUUGGCAGAUUUGAAUAAUUUGGCCAAAUUAAACAUUUCACAUAAUUCAUUUAUUGUGUUACCACCGGUGGUAUUUAAAAUUCCCAAACUACGAGAAUUAGAUGCCAGUCAUAAUGCCAUAAUUGAAAUCGAUACCGAUGAAAUUAUCACCAGCGAUAAUUUGGAAGUGGUCGAUCUGCGUCACAAUCCCUUGGGCCGCACAUGCCAUCGCCGGCUGAAAAACAUUGAAACGCCAUUCCGUUUGGAAAUAUCGGAAUAUAAUGAAGAUGAAGACUGGUAAAAAAAUGUAACAACAAAAUACGCUGUGUAUAUACCUACAUAUGUAUAUUAGAUAUUGUCAGUGACAAUGACAUUUAUUGAAACAAAAAAAAAUAUCUCAAUGUUAAGGAGGCAUUAUUACUUAGAUACACACACACUUAUGAAUUACGAAAAAACUCAUAAUAUACUCGUUACAUUUUUACACACAAUACCUUCAUCACAGAAAUUCUUCAUUAUAUAUCACAAAAAAAUAUGUAUAAAAUGACACCUGAUCAAUUUUAGUUGUUUAAGUUUACUUAGACUUAAGAAAAUGUAUUCAAUUCCCAUUUGUGAUGGGAAAACAAAUUACUUGCCUUAAAACACAUGAAAAUGUUCAGAAGAAAUUGUAUGGAUCUUAAAUGUUCAACACAUAGAAAAUUUAUUAGAUUUUUUCCAUGACAAAUAUUAGAUUGGUUUAAUGACCAAGAGAUCUUAAUGUCCAACUAGAAAAAUUGAUAUUUAUUAAAUGCAAUGAAGCACAUCUUGGCUGACCUUAAAUAUGAACAAGAAACCUAGAACUAAAUAGGUAUACCACUGCACAAUAUUAACUCCAUAUGGCAAAAUGACAUCUUUGCGGAUCACAUUCAUUAUGACUGACUUUUCAAUGUAGUGGGAAAACUAUUCGUGGUGCAAAGAUUGCAAAAGUGCAUCAGAUAGCACUGACAAAAAUCACAUCAUACGCAAACUUUUUGGAAACCCUAUUCAAUAUACAGUAUAAAUAAAUCCUAUACUUAGUUCAUGGUAGAACUUAGAAGGUAAAAUCUUGCAAUCAUAUGUUUAAAUUUUUUUUCAAAAUUAUUUCACAAAAUCGGCGAUGGGUACUAUUUUUUGAGCAGUGAAAUUUGAGAAGGUAAAUUACAGAAAAUGCACAGCUGGGAAGGCUCAUUUGAAAUAAGGUUACCUUUAUUUCAUUGUGCCAUGAUAUAGUUUACAUUUUCUUUAAAACUUAAUAAAAAAAAAGCAGAGAAAAAGAGUACCUCUCAACAUUGAAUGAAAUUUGGUUCUAAUUUUGCAUUACGUAGUUACAAGGUCGCAAAUAAUUUAUAAAAUAUAUUUACAUAUCAAUUGUUCGAUCUAUUUGGAUUCUUAAAAUGAGAAGAAUCUCAAAACGUAUAUCAAAACUAAGAAAAUAAAAUUUCCUUGCAUUUUUUUUUUCAAAAAUAUGAGUUUUAAAUUUGUUCUCAGCAAUAAAAGAAUUUUUGAUAUAAAUUUUCACUGACAGAUGGUAUGACAUACAAUUUCUUCGUAUUAUUGUACUAUAAAGUAUUGUAUAUGUGUUUUGUAAAUUUAAUUUAUUAAUUAUAAGCAAGAAAAGAAGAAAAUCAAAAAAAAAAAAAAAAAAACGAAACAAAUAAUAUAUCCAAAGAUAACUUACUAACACUUUUUGUACUUACAAUGUCUCAGCACAUAAAACCUCAUCAUAUGAGAUUCUCUCUAUAAUUAUUAUUAUUUUAAACCAACUGAUUUGUUUUAUUUUACUAUGAACUGUGAUUGUCAUCUGAUUAGCAAA